AGCUCUAAAUCUUUUCGUCUCUUUCUUCUUAAUAAGCUAAAAAACCUUUGCGAUAACAAUGGCUGGUAAGGGAGAAGGUCCUGCGAUCGGUAUCGAUCUUGGUACCACCUACUCUUGUGUUGGAGUGUGGCAACACGACCGUGUUGAGAUCAUUGCUAAUGAUCAAGGUAACCGGACCACGCCGUCUUACGUCGCUUUCACCGACACCGAGAGGCUGAUCGGAGAUGCUGCUAAGAACCAGGUCGCCAUGAACCCUGUUAACACUGUCUUCGAUGCAAAGAGGUUGAUUGGUCGUAGAUUCAGUGACGCAUCUGUCCAAAGCGACAGGAAGUUGUGGCCUUUCACCAUCAUCUCUUCAGGAACUGCUGAGAAACCAAUGAUCGUAGUCAACUACAAGGGUGAAGAGAAACAGUUUUCCGCUGAGGAGAUCUCUUCCAUGGUUCUCAUUAAGAUGCGUGAGAUUGCUGAGGCCUACCUUGGCACCACUAUCAAGAACGCUGUGGUCACCGUUCCUGCUUACUUCAAUGACUCUCAGCGUCAAGCCACAAAGGAUGCUGGUGUCAUUGCUGGUUUGAAUGUUCUGCGUAUCAUCAACGAGCCCACUGCUGCUGCCAUUGCCUACGGUCUUGACAAGAAGGCCACCAGCGUUGGAGAGAAGAACGUUCUCAUCUUUGAUCUUGGUGGUGGUACUUUCGAUGUCUCUCUUCUUACAAUUGAAGAAGGUAUCUUUGAGGUCAAGGCCACUGCUGGAGACACUCAUCUUGGUGGUGAAGAUUUCGAUAACAGAAUGGUUAACCACUUUGUUCAAGAGUUUAAGAGGAAGAGCAAGCAGGACAUCACUGGCCUCGCAAGACCCCUUAGGAGGCUGAGAACAGCUUGCGAGAGAGCAAAGAGAACUCUUUCUUCCACGGCGCAAACGACCAUCGAGAUUGACUCUCUCUAUGGAGGAGCUGACCUCUUUGCUCCAAUUACCCGUGCUAGAUUCGAAGAGCUUAACAUGGAUCUUUUCAGGAAGUGUAUGGAGCCUGUUGAGAAGUGUCUCCGUGAUGCUAAGAUGGACAAGAGCUCAGUCCAUGAAGUUGUUCUUGUCGGUGGUUCCACCCGUAUCCCCAAAGUUCAACAGCUUCUCCAAGAUUUCUUCAAUGGUAAAGAGCUCUGCAAGUCUAUCAACCCUGACGAGGCUGUUGCAUACGGUGCAGCCGUCCAGGGAGCUAUUCUAAGCGGUGAAGGAAACGAAAAGGUUCAAGACCUUCUCUUGCUUGAUGUCACUCCUCUCUCCCUCGGUCUUGAAACUGCUGGUGGUGUCAUGACCACUUUGAUUCAGAGAAACACAACCAUCCCGACCAAGAAGGAGCAGGUCUUCUCCACUUACUCAGACAAUCAGCCCGGCGUGUUGAUCCAGGUGUUCGAAGGUGAGAGAGCCAGAACCAAGGACAACAACCUUCUCGGUAAAUUCGAGCUCUCCGGAAUCCCUCCGGCUCCACGUGGUGUGCCUCAGAUCACCGUCUGCUUUGACAUUGACGCAAAUGGUAUCCUCAACGUAUCUGCUGAGGACAAGACCACCGGACAGAAGAACAAGAUCACCAUCACGAAUGACAAGGGUCGCCUUUCUAAGGAUGAGAUCGAGAAGAUGGUUCAAGAAGCAGAGAAGUACAAGUCUGAGGACGAGGAGCACAAGAAGAAGGUUGAAGCCAAGAACGCUCUUGAGAACUACGCUUACAACAUGAGGAAUACCAUCCGUGAUGAGAAGAUCGGUGAGAAGCUUCCAGCUGCAGAAAAGAAGAAGAUUGAGGACUCGAUUGACGAAGCAAUCCAAUGGCUUGAGGGUAACCAAUUGGCUGAAGCUGACGAGUUUGAAGACAAGAUGAAGGAUGAGAAGUGUCUCCGUGAUGCUAAGAUGGACAAGAGCUCAGUCCAUGAAGUUGUUCUUGUCGGUGGUUCCACCCGUAUCCCCAAAGUUCAACAGCUUCUCCAAGAUUUCUUCAAUGGUAAAGAGCUCUGCAAGUCUAUCAACCCUGACGAGGCUGUUGCAUACGGUGCAGCCGUCCAGGGAGCUAUUCUAAGCGGUGAAGGAAACGAAAAGGUUCAAGACCUUCUCUUGCUUGAUGUCACUCCUCUCUCCCUCGGUCUUGAAACUGCUGGUGGUGUCAUGACCACUUUGAUCCAGAGAAACACAACCAUCCCGACCAAGAAGGAGCAGGUCUUCUCCACUUACUCAGACAAUCAGCCCGGCGUGUUGAUCCAGGUGUUCGAAGGUGAGAGAGCCAGAACCAAGGACAACAACCUUCUCGGUAAAUUCGAGCUCUCCGGAAUCCCUCCGGCUCCACGUGGUGUGCCUCAGAUCACCGUCUGCUUUGACAUUGACGCAAAUGGUAUCCUCAACGUAUCUGCUGAGGACAAGACCACCGGACAGAAGAACAAGAUCACCAUCACGAAUGACAAGGGUCGCCUUUCUAAGGAUGAGAUCGAGAAGAUGGUUCAAGAAGCAGAGAAGUACAAGUCUGAGGACGAGGAGCACAAGAAGAAGGUUGAAGCCAAGAACGCUCUUGAGAACUACGCUUACAACAUGAGGAAUACCAUCCGUGAUGAGAAGAUCGGUGAGAAGCUUCCAGCUGCAGAAAAGAAGAAGAUUGAGGACUCGAUUGACGAAGCAAUCCAAUGGCUUGAGGGUAACCAAUUGGCUGAAGCUGACGAGUUUGAAGACAAGAUGAAGGAGUUGGAGGGUGUUUGUAAUCCGAUCAUCGCUAAGAUGUACCAAGGAGGAGCUGGUGGUCCUGGAGCUGCUGGAAUGAACUACGAUGAAGCUCCUCCUGCCUCAGGUGGUGCUGGCCCCAAGAUCGAGGAAGUCGACUAAGUUGUUUCUUAGUCAUUGUUUUAUGUUGGUUUUUUUUUUUAUGAUUUUAUCUUUUUUUUUUAUCUGAGCCAAAGUAAGUAACUCUCUGUUUAUUGUUGUCUGGUGACCCUUUCUCUUUAAAACGCUUAGUGAUAUUGUAACUGCUUAGGACUUGGGUCCUUUCUUAUCAAAAUUUCUCUAGUUGAACU